UAUGACUCGUUGCAGAAAACAAAGGUAGUUCGUAAAUUUUUAGAGGCAGCAUGGUAUGUAAUCUAACUGACACACUUAUGUUAGAUAGUUCUAUAUAAACGUGUAUGUGAUAGCGUAGAGAGCUUCUGGAUAUAAGCAGUCUCCGCGUAUUUUGUAUUACGAACCUACAAAUAACCUGGAAACGCCAAUCGAACUGCAAAGUGUGGAGAGGGAACUUAAUAAAAAGCGACGCGUGCGUUCUUGUCAAAAGUGGUAGUUUUCUGCCCGUCUGUGAGUAUAGUCAACAUUGCUGUCGCAACAAUUUAGUACCAGCAGUGAAGCGUAUAACAAGAGCAAGAGAGCACGUAACAUUUUCGAGUUAAAGCAACCUACGAAUAGGAGUAUUUGAAUUGUUUUACCAGACAAUGGCUGAAGUAGAGAAACUGCCACUAAAUGGUGUUGAUCAAAGGACAAGCGAAAAUGACGAGAGCAAUAAAGCUCGCCCUGCAGACAUUGAGCAGGACAUGCGCGAAAUGGAACGCCGAAAACGUGUUGAAGCCAUAAUGGGUUCAAAACUCUUUCGUGAAGAACUGGAACGUAUAGUAGACACUGCGCGAGAGUGUGGCACAGGUACCAGUGGUAUUCUUCAACAACUAUCGGAUAUAGUGGGCUUGCCUAUGCCUCGCGUAGGAAGUGUAUUUAAGUCAAGCAAUUGCAUGGUACCUAUUAAUGAUAUACGUGGUGUUGAGUCAAUCGGAUAUGCCAAGGGUGAAAAAAUACUCAGAUGCAAGCUGGCUGCCACGUUUCGUUUGCUGGACUUAAACGGCUGGGCAAAAGACAUGGGCGCUCAGAUAACAGCCCGAUUAAAAGUCGACCAAGAAUACUUCCUAGUUAAUCCUUAUGGCUUACUGUAUCAUGAAAUCACUGCUUCGUCUCUUAACAAGGUUGACAUGCAAGGUCAUAUUGUGGAGCAGGGAACAACCAAUUUCGGCGUUAGUAAAAGUCAUUUUGCUUUACAUUCUGUGGUACAUGCAGCGCGUCCUGAUAUACGCUGUGCCAUCUACAUUGGAUGUAAUUCAGUUGUGGCUAUUUCAUCUCUAAAGACUGGCCUUCUGCCGAUAACUAAGGGUGCAUGCCUUCUUGGUGAGAUAACGACACAUGCAUAUACCGGCCUCUUGGACGAGGAAGAACGCAAUCGACUAGCACGAAAUUUAGGACCCAACUCUAAGAUUAUUUUGUUGACCAACCACGGUGCCCUAUGCUGUGGUGAAACUCUAGAGGAGGCUUUUUAUUCUGCGAGCCAUAUUGUAGAGGCUUGCGAGACACAAUUGAAACUGUUGCCCGUAGGUGUAGAUAAUUUGGUUUUCAUACCGGAGGAGUCGAAGAAAACCAUUUAUGAACAAUCACGUCGUCCUCCGGAAGAUUUUGAUAAAAAACUUUCUACCGUUUUAACUGCGGAUGGGGCUAAUGAGGAUGGGCCCAAAGAAGAUAACAUAACCAAGUUGUCUAGUUCACCCAAGUGGCGUGUAGGUGGUGCUGAGUUUGAGGCUUUAAUGCGGAUGUUGGACAACGCUGGUUACCGCACAGGUUAUAUUUAUCGCCAUCCAUUGAUAAAAACGGAUCCACCAAAACCAAAGAAUGACGUGGAAUUACCACCUGCAGUGUCAUCUUUGGGUUAUUUGUUAGAGGAGGAGGAACUCUUCAGACAAGGGCUCUGGAAGAAGGGCGAUUUUCGCAAAGGCGGUGAUCGCAGUCGCUGGCUGAACUCUCCGAAUGUGUAUCAGAAAGUCGAAGUCCUAGAAACGGGUACUCCAGAUCCCAAGAAAAUUACAAAGUGGGUUGCUGAAGGUUCUCCCACCCACUCAACGCCGGUUAAAAUCGAAGAUCCGUUGCAAUUUGUUCCAGCUGGAACAUCGACGAAGGAGUUUAAGCGAGUCCAACAACAGAUAAAGGACAACCGUCGCGCUGACAAAAUAUCUGCUGGGCCACAAUCGCAUAUACUUGAGAGUGUGACAUGGGAUGAAGCUAACCGCAUUAAAGAUGCGACUGUCUCACAAGCUGGUGACCAUGUGGUAUUAAUGGGUGCCGCUUCCAAAGGCAUUAUUCAGCGCGGCUUCCAACAUAAUGCAACCGUCUAUAAAGCACCGUACGCUAAAAAUCCAUUUGACAAUGUGACAGAUGAUGAGUUAAACGAGUAUAAACGAACUGUAGAGCGCAAAAAAAAGAGCAUUCAUGGGGAAUAUACCGAUACUGAUUUUUCCGAAUCUGAGCCAGUUAACUCAUUGCAAGGAGCCAUUCAACAAACGAAACAUACACAAAGUGAGCCAGAGACCGAGCACCAAAUUAUACAAAUACAAACACAGCAAGCGCCAAUACCGAGCCAGGCAGAGGUUGUACUAAGCGAUGGUGAGAAUUUCCAUAAUGGUGAUCAUUCAGAGGCGCAUUUGAGUACUUUUUCUCAGAGCAGUAAAGAGUUGCAAGAUAUAUCUACAGACGGAUCCCCUAAAAAAGACAAGAAGAAGAAAAAAGGUUUGCGAACACCAUCGUUUUUGAAAAAGAAAAAAGAGAAGAAAAAGACGGAUGUCUAAAAUACAUAGCUCAACAGAGGAAAACACAGAUCUGAGCUUAUAUUAAUCGAUAAUUGAAAAAUUAAUCUAAUCGACAGAAGGAAACAUGCAAGAAAAUAAUGCACGAAAUAAAUAUUGGGUGGCUUGCCUAAAGAUAAGUUAAAACUUUUCGGCUACUUUUUGCAACUCAUUUAUUGAACAAUAUAUUUAUUUACAUAAUACACAACGCCGCAGUUAAAUUAAAAAAUGGGCUAAUUUACAUUUGUUUGAAUAAAUACUACGUAAAAGCAUUACAACUAGAAAACGGAUAAAGUAAAAUAUAUUUUACUCGUAAAACACGGUCCUUCUUUGUUUAAGCAUUUAUGAAAAUUUUAAAAUUUAAUAUUAUUGAAAACUACGUAUGUGCUUAUUUACUUUGAAUAUAGUACGGCAUAUAACGUGCAAAUAUGUUUAGAAUUUAUUCAUGGCAUUGUAUUAGUUCUUUAUACAAUAAUCAAACAUUUUAUAUUUUUGUGUACGUACUCAGAUGAUAUAUGUGUAAAGUAAUAAGUUAAUAAAUAAAACACUCAGUAAAACAGAAUCGUCAUAAAACAUUUAAAAACAAAAUUACAAAUAAAACAAGUCUAAAAGUUAUGUAUGUAUUCAAAAUAAUGUUCAAACAUUCUUUUCCAAAUAUUUAUAUUUAAAGAAAAAUGGGUUUGAAUGAUUUUGUUUGGUAUUUAUGUAUUUUAAGAAUUCCCCACCAAUAUUACCCUUCAUAUAGGUAAAAUUAAAUAUUAAAAAUCAAUACAAGGAGUUAUCUAAAAGAAAAACUGCCAUAGUGUGUACAACUUGAAUCACAAUUGCCAUUUUAUAAUUGAAUGCAAUUAAAACCCUACUUAUACGGUCUCAGAUAGAAAGAGCGCGAACUCAAUUGUUUUGACUAAAAUUGAUACGUGCCCAUAAAUACCAUCAGCCCUACAGAUACAACAUACAAUAUUGUUAAAGUCUUUAAAAAAUAUAUAGUUAAAGAACGACUAUUGCCUUUUUGAACCUUGGUUUUUAAUUAUUUCGAUAAAAAAAAACAACCGAUGUUGUGCCUUUUCUAUCCGAGAACGAUAAUAGUAUUUAUAUAUACCCUAUCCAGGCAUCUCUUUUUAUAAUUAUUGCCAGCCUUUUUGAGCCUUAAAAAUAAAGUAAUCUAAAUGACGCGUUGCAAAACAAAA